AUGUCUGAAACCGCCUUUGCCCAGACCUUCCUCGGGUCGCUUCAGUCGCGACCUCUCCGACUCUCUGCCGACCAUGUCGAAGAUCCCAAGACCUUCCCAGCUCGCCCACCUUACAUCAUCCCCCGCAUGCCCAAGGCCAUGAGCAAGCCCACCCACCUCGCUCCCGGCUCCGAGCGAAGCGUCACCGUAUCCCUCAAGUCCCUGCGCAACCCUCCCCUGAGCAUCAAGCUCACCUCGCAGCCCCUCGACACGUCGGUCCUGGACAUCAAGAGCAGCGUCCAGAAGCAGACCAGGAUACCCGUCGCAAAGAUGAAGCUGCUACACAACAAGAAGCCCGUGCCAGACAGCAAGAUCCUCAAGGACCUCCUAGGGGAUACGGACAUGUCUAUCGAAUUUACGGUCAUGGUCAUUGGCGGAGCCGCUGCCAUCCCCCCUGAGGAACCCGAGGCCGCCCCUGAGGUGUUGCCUACGGGCAAGGAGGCAUUGGAGACGGAGGAGUUCUGGAGCGACCUCAAGGGAUUCUUGAUGCAGCGAUUAAAGGAUGAGACUCAGGCGGAGGAGCUAUCCGGUCUCUUUAGAUCGAGUUGGCAGUCCAGCCAAGCAAGUCCAUGA